AUGAAAUUAGGUACUAUUUUGACUUGUGGCAUACUUGCUUCGUUUACGCUUGCAUUCGGUGGUGACGAGAUUGUUUUGGAACGUAUACCUGAUGAGGACGAGGCGGCAUCGAUAGCUAGGACCCUUGUUGCGAGAGAGUCACUUGCUAAUAUCAACACAUUCACCUCAAUUCCAGGGAGAACCGGCCCAAUUCCGGUGUCGUUAAUGGAGUACUAUGCCGAUUGUGACAAUGAUGGUGAUCCAUAUUGGCUAGUUGUUGAUAUUGGUUCGACCAAUCGAAAUAUUGCCCGUGGAUCUUCAUUUUCUUGGACAAUUAGAGUAGGAGACCAUCCUAGAAAUGAUGAUGUGGAUCCUAACUACCCUGGAGCUAUUCCAUCAUCGCCCGCAGGGUCCCCUCGUAUAAAUUUGGUGGGUAGGUUAGAGAACGUCACCUUUUCCAACCCUCGCGAACUAAUCAAAUUAGAACGAUGUUUUGUGGCCAGGCAUCCAGAUGCCAAGUAUUGGCUCCCUUAUAAUCCUAUUACUCCCCACAACUCUCACUGGACGAAAUUCGUGGUGGAAGAGAUUUAUAUGGUUGGAGGAUUCGGGGACAGAGCAUAUAUCGGCACAAUUGACAGCAAAAAGUACCACCAGGCGUCGACACUCCCAAAUGAGAUGAAGUACUGA